AUGUCAAAGAAUAAUGAAUUUGUUGCAAUGCAGGAGCAAGUCAUAGCAAAGCCACCAAGAACACUAAACUAUGAAUUUUUGCAGCCUUUGGCAGCUGCACCCGUUAUUGGUUUGAUCAAGUUUGUUGGUUCAAAAAAAUAUCCUAGAUUAAAUUGGGUUCUUUAUGGAACAACUGUAGGUUGUGCCUUCCUUCAUGGUGCUUAUCUAUUAAACAAGAGUUAUGGAAAUAUAGAAAGUUCAAAUUUUGGAAAUAAAUAA